UCCGGAACGAGGCCCUCUGUGGCUCAAAUCUAACACGCUUCCACGCAUUCUAUUUUUAGAACGGUGUUUGUUUUACCAAAACGUUUUAAAUAAAACGUAAAAUAGAUGUAGUGUAUCAAUAGACAGAAUCCGCUACGGAAAGAUUUAACGGAGUCAUAAUCACUGGUAAUCAUUAACGACUGUGAUUGGUCCAUCUCGAGAAGCGAUGAGAUUAUUAACAGCCACAUCGUGACUGAACCGUUUAUAUGUCGCUUCAGCAGUGGCCUAAACAAUCGUUUACCCGAAUAAUAACACGGAGAAACUCGAAUAAAAAAAUCAUAUAAAAUACGUAGUGACGAGAAAAAAUAUUACAACUAUUAUUUAAUCCCAUCAGGCAGCAUGAAGCCCCGCCCUCCUUUUCACGCUGUAGCUGUGUGACAGUGGUGUGCGCGCGCGUGUCUAAUGUUUAUGAACACGUUGAGAAGAGCGCGCACGCUUUGUUUGACUCCCUCUGCGGCAAAACUCACGAUGACGAACUUCAAAUUUAUAGACUUCUGUUUGAGUUGACCACAUGCAUGAAGUUAUUGGCUGAUGCAUUUCUGACACUGUGUGCGCGCGCGUGUGUGUUCAGAUAUUGGCAUUAAUCUGACAGAUGCCAUGUUCAGAGGAAUCUACAGAGGAGCUCAGAAACACGAAGAUGAUUUCCCACAGAUCAUUGAGAGAGCGCUGAAGGUCGGAGUGCAAAAGUUCAUCAUCACUGGAGGAAACCUGCAGGACAGCAGAGACGCCGUCACGCUCGCACACACCAGAGGUGAGUUUUACAGUACGGUUGGGUGUCACCCGACGCGCUGCAGUGAGUUUGAGCAGGACUCAGAUCAGUACCUGACGUCUCUCAGAGAUGUGAUGAUCAGUAAUAGACAGAAGGUGGUCGCUGUUGGAGAAUGUGGUCUGGAUUUUCAUCGGUUACAAUUUUGUCCUAAAGAAACUCAACUCAAAUACUUUGAGGAACAGUUUGAUUUGGCGGAAGAGAGCCGAUUACCCAUGUUCCUCCACUGCAGAAACGCCCACCGGGAAUUCUUGGACAUUAUGAAGAGAAACAGAGACCGAUGUGUUGGUGGCGUGGUUCACUCGUUUGAUGGGAGCCAGCAGGACGCGGCGGCUUUGAUUGAUCUGGAUCUUUAUAUCGGCAUUAACGGCUGUUCUUUGAAGACUGAAGAAAAUCUGGAGGCGAUGAAGUCCAUCCCGUCAGACAGACUGAUGAUUGAAACCGACGCUCCGUGGUGUGCCAUCAAAAACACUCAUGCAGGAGCAAAACACGUCCAAACCACGUUUCCUACUAAGAAGAAAUGGGAGGCGGGACAUUGUCUGAAAGACCGGAACGAGCCGUGUCACAUUAUUCAAGUUCUAGAAGUGAUGGCCGCUGUGAGAGAUGAAGAUCCACAGGAUUUAGCCGACACCGUUUACAACAACACCAUGAGACUGUUCUUCAACCACAGAACUUGAUCAGGAACCUUUUCUCUUUGAAUAAACGUCACAAUAAUUCA